CCCUUGUUUUCCGGCUGCGGUGGGAGAGACAUUAACUGUGGCUGUGGCAGUUGGGGCUGCUGGGGGCCAGGGUCGCGGCAGGCUUCCCCGCACCCGGGCCUGGUCAGUCGCCGGCGGCGGCCAUGAACUUCUCCGAGGUAUUCAAGCUCUCCAACUUGCUCUGCAAGUUCUCCCCAGACGGCAAGUACCUGGCUUCCUGUGUCCAGUACCGCUUAGUGGUCCGGGAUGUGACCACUCUUCAGAUCCUUCAACUGUACACAUGUUUGGACCAGAUCCAGCACAUGGAGUGGUCAGCAGACUCCCUCUUCAUUCUGUGUGCCAUGUAUAAGAGAGGUCUUGUGCAGGUCUGGUCUUUGGAGCAGCCGGAAUGGCACUGCAAAAUAGACGAGGGCUCAGCAGGGCUGGUUGCUUCAUGUUGGAGCCCAGAUGGGCGCCACAUUCUCAACACAACUGAAUUCCACCUGCGGAUAACUGUCUGGUCCUUGUGCACAAAAUCUGUAUCUUACAUCAAGUAUCCAAAAGCUUGUCCACAGGGAAUAACCUUUACCAGGGAUGGCCGCUACAUGGCGCUGGCAGAAAGGCGGGACUGCAGAGAUUACGUGAGCAUCUUUGUGUGCAGCGACUGGCAGCUGCUGAGGCACUUUGAUACGGACACCCAGGAUCUCGCAGGAAUCGAGUGGGCCCCAAAUGGCUGCGUGUUGGCGGCCUGGGACAGCUGCCUAGAGUAUAAGAUUCUGCUGUACUCCCUGGACGGACGGCUGCUGUCAGCAUAUUGUGCAUAUGAGUGGUCCUUGGGCAUCAAGUCUGUGGCCUGGAGCCCCAGCAGUCAGUUCCUGGCAGUUGGGAGCUACGAUGGAAAGGUGCGCAUCCUUAAUCAUGUGACUUGGAAAAUGAUCACUGAGUUUAGCCAUCCUGCAACCAUCAAUAACCCCAAGAUAGUUGUAUAUAAGGAAGCCGAGAAGAGUCCGAAGCCAGGCCUGGGCCGCCUCUCCUUCCUGCCACCCAGAGUGCUGGCCACUCCUCUCUCGACCACAGAGAGCAAAUAUGAGAUCACCUCCAUACCAGCUUCCUUACAGACUCUGAAACCUGUUACUGACAGAGCGAACCCUAAAAUUGGCAUAGGAAUGUUGGCUUUUAGUCCUGACAACUACUUCCUGGCGACAAGGAACGACAAUGUACCCAAUGCUGUCUGGGUCUGGGAUGUACAGAAGCUGAGGCUAUUUGUGGUGCUAGAACAGCUGUCCCCCGUGCGCUCAUUUCAGUGGGACCCACAGCAGCCACGGCUGGCCAUCUGCACAGGGAGCAGCAAGGUCUACCUGUGGUCCCCAGCAGGCUGCGUGUCGGUACAAGUCCCUGGAGAGGGUGACUUUCCAGUGCUUUCUCUGUGCUGGCACUCUAGCGGGGAUUCAUUGGCCCUCCUAAGUAAGGAUCACUUCUGUCUCUGUUUCCUGGAGACAGAGGAGGUCAGUACAGCCUUCAAACAGCCACUUGGCCACACAUAGGACCUAUGCCUGAAUCAAGGCAGACUCUCUGCAUAUUCCAGUGUGGGAAAGGAACAGAACUUCUCGGAAAGGUUCUCAGCCACGAUAGUCUGAAUUCAAUGAUCUGAUCCUAUUUUUCUACGGUGAGGCAUUUUUGUAAAUAUGUAUAAUAGAAAACUGUAAUUUUUUAAUUUAAAAUAAAUAUUUGCUAAUUCAUAAAA